CGGGGAGACUAAAGCUCACAAGCGGCUUGGAUUCGACGGAUCACUCAGAGGACCUCGGUUCAAAUCUCACACCUUCCUUGACCUAUGUGACCUCGGGCAAUAAAGAGGCACUAGUUAAGUGAGAGAAGUCUCCUUUGGUUUAAGUGACUGGUUUUCUCGGUCUGGUUUUUGAUCCCCACUCCUCAGUUUUGUCAUCUGUAUGAUGGGGGAAAGCCAACCAGUAGCACUGGAUAGAGCACUGGGCUUGGAAUACUCCUGAGUCCAAUUCAAGCAUCAGGCACUUAACUAUGCCUUACUUACUGUGUGACCCUGGCCAAGUCACGUAACCCUGUUUCCUCAUUUGUAAAAGGAAAAGGCAAACCACUCCAGUAUCUUUGCCAAGAAAACCCCCAAUGGGGUCACCGAGUGGGCCACAGCUAAACAUCAACAAUGACAGGGGGGUGGGCUAGAUUGCCUCCCGGGGCCCCGCUGGUACGGCAGUUUCUGAUCCCGGAAGCCUUGCAGAGGGAGAAUGGCCUUUGAGCGGUAGGGUCCGAACUCCCACCUCGUGACUCAAUCCCAACGUCUCUUCCCGCCCCCACCCCCACCCCUGCCUCACUUCCUGAGAGCACGACCCUCAGAGAUCAGUUGUUCUACUGGCUCUGCCCGUUGGGGAGCAGGGAUGGAGAACCAAGACUCCCAUUUCCCGGCGAAAGUCCAAUCACAGGACCAAAGCAAAAGCCAAACUUCUGUUCAGGCGGGCAAAGCGACCCUGGAGGACUCGAUCCUGGGCUUUUGCUCUCUCAAGGACUCGAACGGAGAGUCGGUAGGUUCCCAAAUGUCUCCGGAGGAAAGCCCUGCAACCCGAAGGGAAGUCCGGAAGCUUGGGUCGGUGGCAGGCGCGGCCCAACCAAAGCAAGAAGGCAAGCCGAGUAGGGAACGGGACAGCAGCGUCGACUCCAACUCGAGCAGGGUUGCGCCCCAUAGCUGGGGGACGCAAAGUAACGGAGCGGAAGAGGAUGAGGACGAAAUCGACUUUAGCCGCGCGUCGCUUAGCGCCCCGCUCGACGGAAUCAUGAGCUCCCCGCAACCGCGCCGGAUCCUGACUGCUGUGCGGGGAAACCGAGAGUUUGUCGAUAGGAGCAAAUACCCUGAGUCAUCUGACCAACAGUACGUGGAACUGCGUGAAACUGCGCACCGUGCCUACUGGGCUGAACUACAGAACCAACUGCCCCUGCCUCUGGCCAACCUCAUGGAGGAGGAGGCGCUGGAAAUCCUUACCAAGAGCCUCCAUAGUUACAGCAGGGGCAUAGGGAAAGACCACAAGCUGACCCAGCAGCUCCGGCGGCACGUGGAACAGCUGCUCACGAACCUAAAGAGUCGCAAGUGCACCUGAGCACCUCGUGGCCCCCCACGGGAACCCCGCCCCGCCGGGCGCUGGCCCCGCCCCCAGGACUCCGUUCCCCCCGAUAAAUAAAGGCGCUCCGCCCCCUGCUCUAUCCAGCUGGGU